UAAUUAUUGACAAUUAUUGCUAUUCAACUUCAUUAGUUUUUUCCAUUCAAAAGUGUCCAGUGAGCUGCGGCUAUUACGCCCUUGAAUAAUAUUAAACGACUGUACUAAAUCUUUUUAAAUAUCAAUUCAUUCAUUUGCUCACUUCCUGUUCUGCACUUUGACUACUGUGGAAUUAUGAACACAUCCGUUUUGCAGUCAAAUCCACCGAGUGACAAUUGUCAAUGGGACUCGAUACGUGAUAUUCACAGCUGAUGCAUCGAAGUAUUUUCAAUUGAUUUAAAUACCAAGGGAUUUUUUGGGAUUAUGGAUAAUCUCGCUCAACAAGUGGAUGAAAUAGAGGCACUUGUGGCUAUUUAUGGAGAUGAACUCGUGGUGGAGGAUGAAGAAAAUCGGGCGUACAGCAUCAACGUAGGGGAUGGUGAAUGGACUGUCAGAUUUUAUCUGAAAUUACCUGGUGAUUAUCCAUCAAAUUCACCACCUGUUUAUGAAAUUUCUGCACCACAUCUCAGACAGGAGCAGAAGAUGAGAAUCUGCCGGAUUCUGGACGAGGUAUACUUGGAUUACGUAGGUCAAAAUGUUAUCUACCAGUGGGUCGAGAGAAUUCGCGAGGAAUUGCAAAAUUUUAAACUACAAAAAGAAGAGUCUCAUGAAAAUGAUGCAGAGGAAAAUGACCUGGAGAUAGAGCUGGUGUCGGCUCCCGUAGAAGAGGAGUGUCCAGAAAUUUAUCAUGGAGAAGUUGUUGUGGACAGGAAGAGCUCGUUUCAGGGUCAUACAGCAAAAGUAACAUCCAUUGCUCAAGUAAAAUUGGUUCUCAGAACUCUGAUGGAGAAUCGUAAGAUAGAUCAGGCGACCCACAACAUGUACGCCUACAGAAUCCAUCAAGAAAGGACCAACAAUUACCUCCAGGACUGUGAGGACGACGGGGAGAAUCAGGCUGGGGGAAGAUUGCUUCACCUCCUUCAAAUUCUAGACACUAAAAAUAUUCUAGUCGUCGUGUCUCGAUGGUACGGUGGAAUCCACCUCGGGCCUGAUCGCUUCAGGCACAUAAACAACGCAGCACGCCUCGUCCUGGAAUCGGCUGGCUUCAUCAGUCGACAUAAGGAUAAAAAAUGAUUGUGCAGAUGAAUCGUGUAAAUAGAGAGUACAUAUUUGUAACAACGUUUGCAGUAUACUUUAUUAGAUUUUCAUAUCACCUUCAAAUCGGUGGCUCCUGUUAUGUGCCAUAAAGUAACUCUCGGUUAUGACUAGCAUGAGAAAUCGAUAUUGUACUCAUCCCGAACAAAUAUUUGAAGCAGAUAAACAAUGAUUAUGCCAUUACCACAAGAAUAAAUGAAAUGAAUUGACAUGUGGCACUCUAAGUGUCAAUAAAUCGUUGAAUUGUUAAUGAAAUGAAAUAAAAUUGAUUUU